UUGGCGUUUCUGGGACCCAAAUGUUUCACUGAAUGGCGAGAUUGGAAACUUGUGCAGGCGGGAGACUGCAGCGCGGCUGCUCUUUCAACAGGCGAUUUGUUCUCCUGUCUGUGGCUCAUUUCCAUGCAAAGAGCCUGACAUCAGAGCACCUUUUGUUGCUAAACGCUUUCUGUAGCUUGGAGGGGAGAGAGUCAUGUGGAGCUGGAAGAGCUCAUUUUGAAGAGAGGGGUCCCGGGGAGUUCCUUCCAAGCUCCAGAGGCACCGCGGUCACCCCUGCGGGGCCCUGCCCAGACUUGCUGGCAGAAGUGAGUCGCGUGGCUUAGUGAGUCGGUCUCCGUCACAGGAAGAAACGCCUUCGCAGAGGAUUUAAUUGCUUCUGGCCUGCCAGUAAUCCCCGCUGUAAAACUCAGUGGUGCAAACUUUGCCUCCAGCUACCCCGUGGCCGCGCGCAGCCGGGGUGGGAAAGUUCCUGGAGUUGUCAGUCGCGCACCCCGCCGCCACCUAGAGCCGAGGUGCCGGAGCCUGCGAGGGGUCCCCGCGGGUUUGCUGGGGGAUGCCGCGCGGGGGCACGACUCAGUGACGCGGCGGGCGGGGACCUGGCGCCGGGGUCCGGCCGAGCGCCUGCAAGGGGCGUGAGUGCCCCAGGGACUGGGACGCGCAGCUAGCGUGCGGGAUAAGGUCAUGGAGGAUGCGGGAGCUGCAGCCCCGGGCCCGGAGCCCGAGCCGGAGCCCGAACCCGAGCCCGAGCCCGAGACGGAACCAGAGCCCGAGACGGAGCCCGAGACGGGCGCCAGCACGUCCAAGACGUUCUCCCGGCUCUGGGCCGAUGUGAUGGGCAUCCUGGACGGCUCCCUGGGCAACAUCGAUGACCUGGCGCAGCAGUAUGCAGACUAUUACAACACCUAUUUCUCCGACGUGUGCGAGAGGAUGGAGGAGCUGCGGAAGCGGCGGGUUUCGCAGGACCUGGAUGUGGAGAAACCCGACGCCAGCCCCACCGCCCUUCAGCUGCGGUCCCAGGUCGAAGAGUCGCUUGGUUUCUGUAGCGCCGCGUCAACGCCAGAAGUGGAGAGAAAGAACUCUCUUCGGAAGUCAAACUCAGAAGACAGCUCCGUGGGAAAAGGAGAUUGGAAGAAGAAAAAUAAGUAUUUCUGGCAGAACUUCCGGAAGAACCAGAAAGGAAUAAUGAGGCAGACUUCAAAAGGAGAGGACGUGGGCUAUGUCGCUAGCGAGAUAACCAUGAGUGACGAGGAGCGGAUUCAGCUGAUGAUGAUGGUCAAGGAGAAGAUGAUCACCAUCGAGGAGGCACUGGCUCGGCUCAAGGAGUACGAGGCCCAGCACCGGCAGUCAGCUGCCUUGGACCCUGCCGACUGGCCAGAUGGUUCUUGCCCCACAUUCGACGGCUCGUCCAACUGCAACUCAAGAGAACAAUCGGAUGAUGAGACUGAGGAGUCAGUGAAGUUUAAGAGGUUACACAAGCUGGUGAACUCCACUCGCAGAGUGAGAAAAAAACUGAUCAGAGUGGAAGAAAUGAAGAAGCCCAGUACUGAAGGCGGAGAGGAACCUGGGUCUGAGAACUGCCCCGUCCUGGAUGAGAGGUCCGCCCUCUACUCCGGAGUGCACAAGAAGCCGUUUUUCUUCGACGGCUCUUCUGAGAAACCUCCAGAAGAUGAUUCCGACUCUGUCGCCACUUCUCCAUCAUCGAGCAACCUGGAGACCUGGGGAGCUGGCCGGAAGCUGGUCAAAACCUUCAGCAAAGGAGAGAGUCGGGGCCUCAUUAAGCCCCCCAAGAAGAUGGGGACCUUCUUCUCCUAUCCAGAAGAAGAAAAGGCCCAGAAGGUUUCCCGCUCCCUGACUGAGGGCGAGAUGAAGAAGAGCCUGGGGUCCCUGAGCCACGGGAGAACCUGCAGUUUUGGAGGGUUUGACCUGACAAAUCGUUCCCUGCACGUUGGCGGUAAUAAUUCUGACCCAAUGGGUAAAGAAGGAGACUUUGUGUACAAGGAAGUCAUCAAAUCACCUACUGCCUCCCGUAUCUCUCUUGGAAAAAAGGUCAAAUCAGUAAAAGAGACAAUGAGGAAGAGAAUGUCUAAAAAAUACAGCAGCUCUGUUUCCGAGCAGGACACGAGCCUUGAUGGAGUGCCGGGCUCCCCUCCUGUCCCCCAGCCUGACAGCGAACACGUGGACAAGCCCAAGCUCAAGGCCGGGGGUUCCGUAGAGAGUCUGCGGAGUUCUCUGAGUGGACAGAGCUCAAUGAGUGGUCAGACAGUGAGCACCACUGAUUCCUCGACCAGCAACAGGGAAAGCGUCAAGUCGGAAGACGGGGAUGACGAGGAGCCCCCCUACCGGGGCCCCUUCUGUGGGCGUGCCAGGGUGCACACCGACUUUACACCCAGUCCCUAUGACACAGACUCGCUGAAGCUCAAGAAAGGAGACAUCAUCGAUAUCAUCAGCAAACCACCCAUGGGCACCUGGAUGGGCCUGCUGAACAACAAGGUGGGCACCUUCAAAUUCAUCUACGUGGACGUGUUAAACGAGGAAGAGGAGAAGCCCAAGCGCCCCACCAGGAGGAAGAGAAAAGGAAGACCGCCCCAGCCCAAGUCUGUGGAGGAUCUCCUCGAUCGCAUUAACCUGAAAGAGCACAUGCCCACCUUCCUGUUCAACGGGUAUGAAGAUCUGGACACCUUCAAGCUCCUGGAGGAGGAAGACCUGGAUGAGUUAAAUAUCAGGGACCCGGAACACAGAGCAGUUCUCUUGACCGCGGUGGAGCUGUUACAAGAGUAUGACAGCAACAGCGACCAGUCAGGGUCCCAGGAGAGGCUGCUCGUGGACAGCCAGGGCCUGAGCGGAUGCUCCCCCCGAGACUCGGGAUGCUACGAGAGCAGUGAGAACCUGGAAAACGGCAAAACCCGGAAAACUGGCCUCCUCUCUGCCAAGUCCUCCACCGAGUCUAGCUUGAAGUCUUUCAGCAGGAGUCAGCUGGGCACCUACCCGACCUUGCCUCUGCCGAAGUCGGCGGACACACGGAAGCCAGGGGAGGAAAGCAGGCUGGGCCGUGGUCUGACCCCUCACGCUUUCGAGCACCGCGAUCCGCCCUGCGUGACGGGCUUCAAUAGAAACCGGAGAAGCCUCCCCGUCUCCAUCUGCCGGAGCUGCGAGACCCUGGAGGGCCCCCAGCCGGCGAAGGCCUGGCCCCGAUCCCAUUCCCUGGACGACCUUCAGGGAGAGCCUGAUGCUGGAACAGAUGUGCCUAGUGCAGCGACGGAACCCUCCCCUCAGACUGCGCCAGAAGUGCCCCAAAAGCCAGCCCCCUCCAUCGCCAAGGUCCCCAGCCCCAAAGGAGAUUCUGCCGUUGACAAUGCAUUGCUACUGACCCAAAGCAACAGGUUUUCUGACCCUCAGAAAACGACUACUAAGAAACCGGGCGGCUCGAGGGCAGCCCCUUCGCGUAGCCUGUCCCCUCCCCCGUGUUUACCCAAAACCCGUGAUGCUCAGCCUCCCGGAGUCAGACACAGUUUAACAAGGACUGCUCCUGAGGGCCACCGAAAAGGACUCGACUUUGAAGGAAACUGUCACCCCCCGGGCACCAAAGAAGGUGAGCAGAGGGGCCCUGAGGCCAAAACGCCCACCAGACACCCUGCACAGCCUCCGCCUGUUCCUGCCAAGAAGAGCAGAGAGCGCCUGGCCCUGGCCAACGGCCUGCACCCCGGCCCCCCGGCCCCCAGUGCACCGUGCCUGCCCCUGAAAAAGGGCGGCUCCAGCGGCCCCAGCGACUGCCACUCACCCCAGGCUCCUAGACCUCCCUCCAGGCAGGAGCCCAGCAGCCCUCCGAGCUCGAGGCCGCCACCCUGGCUCUCAGAGCUGCCCGAGAGCGCGAGCCUCCAGGAGCAUGGCGUGAAGCUGGGCCCGGCCCUGAGCAGGAAGAUCUCCUGCGCCCGGGGGGUGGAUCUGGAGAUGCUCACUGAGGACAAGUUGCGAGCUGAAGGCAUCGAUCUCACCGAGGAACCGUAUUCUGACAAGCACGGCCGCUGUGGGAUUCCCGAGGCCCUGGUGCAGAGAUACGCGGAAGACCUGGAGCAGCCAGAGAGGGACGUCGCCGCCCACAUGGACCAGAUCCGCGUGAAGCUGCUUCGUAAGCAGCACCGCAUGGCGAUCCCAAGUGGUGGGCUCACAGAGAUCUGCAGGAAGCCCCUCUCUCCCGGCUGCAUCUCGUCCGUGUCAGAUUGGCUGAUCUCCAUCGGUCUGCCCAUGUACGCCAGUGCCCUCACCGAAGCGGGGUUCAGCACCCUGGGCCAGGUGCCUUCUCUGUCCCACACUUGCCUUCAGGAGGCCGGCAUCACCGAGGAGAGACACAUAAGCAAGCUCGUGUCUGCCGCCAGACUCUUCAAACUGCCGCCAGGCUCCGAGGCCAUGUAGCCAGGCCCAGGAUGGACCUCCCUGGAUGAGAGCCACCCUUUCACUGUGCUUACGAUGCCGAUGCAACUGCUCCUUCCCGGGACAAGCAGACCAGAUCCAGGGGAGCGGCCCAGUGUGCGGCUAAACAGCUCAAAGCCUCGGCAUAGGACCAAGGGACCCUCUCUUUCCCAGAAAAGCCCCUUUGAGGAAAUUGGUGUGGUUCUCUUCAACCCCCCAAAGAAAACACAAGCGCUUAUUUUUAUUUCCAGAACAGAAUAGAACCAAGAUGCCAACUCGCCACAAAUGCUGUGCCUCCGGUCUGUCUUGGCGCGCCAGGAAGAGGGCUUGGGGGCAGAGGGAGGGGCAGCUGUUUCCUCUCUGAUAGGGCCCUUGACCUUCUGCCCGUCACCCUGCAGGAUACCCGAGGACCAGGCAGGCUUAGCUAGGCCAAAGUAACAGACUCGGGAGUGACUGUACACGGUUGACGUGCUCAUUGGUUCAAAAGUAAGAAAAUCUGUCUGCACUAGGGAAAAGAAAGUCCUAUUCUCCUUUAGAUAAACAAGAGACAUUUUAAUAAUUGCUUUCUAGCAAUCAGCUUUUAUUUGCCUUAAUACGAGCUUUCAAGCAGUUAUCUAAGUCGUGUUCACUACCCUGUAACCAUAGUUCCAGAUCUUCCGCUUAGACUGCCGUCUCACAUAUCCGGUUGUUUCCAGCAAAGAAAACGGGCUUUUCUGAUGAUCUCAUUCUAACGUGGCUUAUUCUGUGGGAGUGUGUCUCAGGCACCAAUUUCAUACCGGUGUUCAGUUGUUAAACCAACUACAAACUCCAGAGAAAAACUAUCCAAAAUUCACCAAGCUGUCAUGUGUGUACAUGGGAGUGUUUGGGGACCGGGGGGGGGGGGGGUUGGGGGUGUAUAGUAACUGCCUUUCUUUUGACUCUGUGCGGUGUCCUCACCGUGGUGGUCACCGUGGUGGUCGCCGUGGUGGUCACCGUGGCACAGCGCUGCUGCCUCGCCUCCCAAUGUCUCCACCCGCGCGUCCCACCCCCAGCUUGCCCACAGUCCGCCUUCCCCAGCGGCCGUGCAAGGCUGACUUGUCCAGAAAGACGUUUUCCAAAAGGGAAUUAGUUUAAGAGAGCUCUUUAAGUUUUUUCUUCAGUUUUACCAUUAGGAUGUUAUUUUUUCCUCUUUUCUUAUUGAGAUAGUUCUUUUAAUUCAAAUAAAGGUUCCUUGUGGAGCCAGACAAACCACCUUAGCUGUGUAUUAAGUAUUUGCAUAUUUUCCAUUGUUUCCCACUGAUUUCUGCCUAUUCUUUCCUCUUUUUAGUCUUGCGUCUGACUUUCCAGCAGAGUGAAAGUCAGACAACUAAACUAGGAAGGUUCCCAUUGCUUACAAAACGGUUUUGCUUUAUGUUCUUACCAUGAGCACUGUUCCAAGCAUUGAAUGUGAUUAUUUACAAUAGGAACACUUGGAACACAAAGCCUUCAUCAAAAAGCGAUUUUGUUCAUUACAAAGCCAUCUUUAGUGUUUGCUUUAUAUACUUGUAUCCAUGUUCUGAGGAAAAGGAUGUUCUCAGGUGAUAAACUUUUUUCAUGCCUUGGUAUGCAUUUUAAAAAAUUAUAUAUAUAUAUUUCUUCAGUAAUAAUAGUUUCUGUAAGGUGCCAUGUGAAGAAGUUGUGGAAAUCUCGGAUAAAAGGCUAACACUGCCAAAUUUCUGUGGCACCCUUCAAAAGAGCCCAUUUUUGUCCCGGUGGGUGGUGACCGCCCUGUUAGCAGAAACCCCCAUCUCCGCCCCCAGAAGGAGCAAGGCUGCAGGGCCCUCCUGCGACCGAGACCCCGCCCUCAGCGGGCUCCUCUGCUGUUGGUGCAGGCCCAUCUCCUGGUUUACGCUGCACCAACACCACACAAAGGUCCGAAAGGUAAAGGGGGAGAGGGCUCUUGUGUGACUUCCAAGUUUUCAUUCACUUUCACUGUAACGUUUCCACUGAAGUAAAAAUGGCACCGGAAAAAGGAAUUUUCCGAGCUUGAGCUUUUGAGAAUGCCAAACGGUAAGUUGUCAGCUCUUCUCCGGAGAGCAUUGCCUCUGCAGAGAGAAUUCCAGUUCAGGGACCACGGAUAAUUGUCGGUGGGAAGGUCUUCCUAAUCUGAAAGGUCUGAGGUUGUUUUUUUACUUUAUUGUGCUUUUGUAAAUCCUUUUUUUUUUUAAAUCAUUAAUACUCGUUUGGUCUUCUUUUGCUUUGAACUUUUCAUCUGAUCCUGGAAAAGCCUCCGUGUUUGUGUGUGACUUUUGACCGAGGUGGUUUGGGGCCACCUGUGGGCGGAGAAGGCAGGUGUCGGCAACGUGCAGGCUGACUCAGGUGCACCCGGCUCGGAAUGUGGAGGAACAGAGAAAAUGGUCUCUGGGAAGCACAAAAGAAACCUGGCCUGGUAGCCAGGCUCAGGUAGCUACAUACGCAUCGUGUGAAUUGUCACUGAAGCUGUCGAGAAGGAAAUGCCGCCAGCCCCAACCACUAGUUACAUUCCCAAAUAACCAAGUAGGAGAUAGAUGUUUUUAAGGCCUGCCUUAGUCAGAGGCCCCUUUCUCUGUCCUGAACCUGGGGGUGGGCAGCAUUGGAAAUUACUGGUGUAUUGGUAAUCAGUUCCUGACAUAGCAAAGUUUGCUUUCAUAACUGCAGCAAAAGAAGUCCGUUCACCAAGUCAGUGCUGUGUGCCUGUGCUGUAUUAUUUUCAGAAAAAUAAGUCUCGUCGUCUGAGUCCAAGUCAUCUUGAUUUUAAAUUGAUAAAACAACUGUCAAGCAAGUUAUAUAACAACUAACAACAUUGCACUUUCUGUAUAUGAAAUCAGUAUUUAAAUAACUUAUUUUUCUCCAUUGCUGUUUUUAAACAUUGUAAGUAGCUGUAAUAUACCAGUACCAAUAUGUUCUUGCGAUUGCUUCAGCCCAAGAAAGCUGUGUAUUGUUUUAAAAAUUGUAAAAAUUAUUGUGAUGAUUCAUUUAGCAAAAGAGAAAGGACAGAAGGGUUUUCCUAUGUAUCAAAACUUGUCUAUAAUUGUCAUCUAUGUACCUAGAAAAAAAAGUAAAUAAAUUUCUUCAGUUGAA